CCUCAGUUUCGUUUCUGUGGAGCGCUGAGGAAGCAGGCGGGGCGACUCUGGUGGCUGAAAGGUUCGCAGCCUCCACCAUGUCGGACGCACUGUCGGCGAGCAUUGUCAGGACCCUCUGUCAGCAUGGAGGCAGUCUGGACUUUAAAUGCCUGAGUCAGAUUUUGAGUCAGCAUUUCACAGUGGCGGAUGAGGUUCUGCUGAAAGUGCUAACAGACUUCAGCAAGUUCGUCGUUGUGGAAGGCAAAGAGAAGAAGGGAGACUCCCCCCUGAGUCCCGACAGUGUGGUCCUAGCAAAGACGUCUUUACGGGUCUGCCGGACUCUGCCUGGACAGUGUGCUUACUGCCAGGAUCUGCACCUCUGCAGGUAUUUCGUGUGUGGAAACUGCAGAUUUGGGGCGAAAUGCAAAAACGCCCAUGCCGUAGAUUCUUCUCACAACUCGGUUAUCCGGAGUGAGGAAGGCCUGCAGCACCUGGAGAAGUCCGAACUUUUUCAGCUGUUGCUGCAGAAUGACCCUUGCUUACUGCCCGAGGUGUGCUCCCAUUAUAAUAAAGGGAACGGAGAGCAUGGCAGUUGUAAGUAUGCAACAUCCUGCAACAACCUGCACCUCUGCCAGCACUACCUGCAGGGCGAGUGUAAAUUUGGAGCUGACUGCAAGCGGGCUCAUUCGUUUGAUGCUAAUGCUAUGAGAAUCCUGAAUGGCAGAGGACUCAGCCCAGAAAACAUCAGCAAUUUCUGCAAGAUUUACAAAAACAAGUCUCUGAUUUCUUCUUACAAAGAGAAACCAGCUGUUCUGCCUGACACAGAAAAAACAGCUGCUCCCAGCACAGCGUCUCCAGCUGCAAGUGAGACUUUAAAGCAGCCCUCCAGCAGGCCAGUGAGUGAAAUUGACUCCAAAGAGAUCUGCCUUUUCUUCAUCCGCAGAGGAUGCAGCUUUAAAGAUAAGUGUGUCCGCAUUCAUUACCAUCUGCCUUAUAAAUGGCAGGUUUUAGAUAAGGAUGGAAAGACAUGGAAUGUCUUGCCGAAUGGAGAGGACAUUGAGAAGGCCUUCUGUAAUCCAUCUAACGAUGUGAGUCCAGGGCCUCAGGUAGUGAACUUCAUCACGAUGACCUGUGGAGGAGCAUCAGUGCGCCGUCUGUCUACAGCAUCUUCUGUUACUAAACCUCCUCACUUCAUUCUGACUACUGAGUGGAUCUGGUACUGGAAGAAUGACCAAGGAGUAUGGACUGAAUAUGGGCAAGGGAUGGAUACAAAGCAUGCAGCCCCUCUCACCUCUGAGACGCUGGAGAAUGUUUACCAUGCUGACCCUCACAGUGAAAUUCCUGUCAGUUCUGAGAAACAUACAUACAUAAUCUAUGUAAAAGAUAUGUACCAGCAGAAUGUUCUCUACAAGACCAAACGAGAGAUUCGGAGGAGACCUCGAUUUGUCUCCGCUCUCGAGGUUGAGAGCAAGCUGAAAUGCGAAACCUCCAUGUCCUCCUCUGUGGUAGUUCCUGCACACUGGGAUAGAGGAGCCCUGCCUGAAUUCUCCUACAAGUUGGUUCCCUUGUCUAGGGCUGAUGCUGAAUUUGUCAUGUUAGAGAAGAUGUUUAAAGAGACCAUGCCCAAACACACCAUCAUCAGCAUUCAGAGGAACCAGAACAGCUCUCUGUGGAAAGUAUUUCAGUGGCAGAAAGAGCAGAUGAAGCAGAAGAAUGGAGGGAGAGAUGCAGAUGAGCGACUUUUGUUCCACGGCACAGAUCCGUCUCUAAUAGAGGCCAUCUGUGAACAGAACUUUGACUGGAGGGUCUGUGGAGUUAAUGGCACGUUGUAUGGAAAAGGGAGUUAUUUUGCCAGAGAUGCCUCCUACUCUGAUAAUUAUGCUAAGCCUGUGGAGAACUCCAAAAAGACUAUGUUUGUGGCACGAGUUCUGGUGGGUCACUACACCCAUGGCCAGAGUGAAUUUGUCCGUCCGCCUGCUAAAAUGCCAGGCAGAGGCUUCUAUGACAGCUGUGUUGACAAUGUAAGCAGUCCAAGCAUUUUUGUUAUCUUUGAGAAGUACCAAAUCUAUCCUGAAUUCAUCAUUGAGUAUGGCCCAGAAGAGUCCAGAUGCGUGAUUUCUUGAGUGCACAAGGUCACAGGGUUUAUAACAGUGCUGUUACAGCAGGUAUUGGUAAACUAUUCCAUGAAAAAUCAUGAGAAAUGUUGAUUUUAUAAAUCUGUUUUAAAGAAUCAAAACUUUGUAAUUACAUUGUUUUUAUUUAUUUUUCUUCACUUAAACACCAGUUGUCAUUUACAUUUUAUCAGCGCUUCUGGAUGAAUGGGCUAAUGAAUUAUUCCGGUAAUGGUUUUUUUUUUUCUUCAAAGGUUUUGUAUCAUUAAAUUGUUGAUGCAAACCCAGUAAUUCAGAGUGGUAUGAUGUGAAAUAGUCAUUAUAGAUGACCUUAGAUUUAUUUACUUAGAUUUAUUUACUGACUGAACAGGGACUAGGGGUCAUAAUGUCUACAAUGGCUGUAUUUGUAACCAUUAUAUCUGAUUAUAACUUUCCGUGUGGUAGCUUCUGAUUCGGUACACUUUAGAGGGGCUAUGAAACAGUUUGGACUUGACUUUAGAAUAGAGCACACUUAGAGUUACUUCACAGCUUCUCAUAAAUGGUGGAGUUGCCCUCUGAGACCAUUUUUCCCUCCUCCUAUAAAGUUAUUGUUUAGACAUGCAAGGUUUUGUUAUUAUAGCAGUGAUAUCCAUGAGGUUGUAAUCCAUGUAAGCAUACUGACACAGAAACUAGAUACAUGUUUUGCACUUGAUUAAAGGAUAUACAAUAUAUAACAACAAUAAUAAUAAUAAUUUAAGUGCCUUAAUUUCAGCUGUUUAUCACAAAAAUGCUAGCUGAUUCCUCACAU